AGAAGAGGAGCGAACAAGGCGCAUUUUAACUGCGCAUGUUCAGGGCAAUUUCUCAACGCUGUUUUUUUCCGUAGCAACGUUUUCCUGCCGCUGCGGGACUUUAAUUUCAUGGCCAGACACAUGAGGCCUCCGAGCACGUCUCUGUUUGUCAGGAACAUCGGCGAUGAGUCCAGGCCUGAGGAUUUGCGGCGUGAGUUUGGCCGCUAUGGGCCGAUAGUAGAUGUCUACAUCCCACUUGACUUCUAUACACGUCGACCAAGAGGAUUUGCAUACAUUCAAUUUGAGGACGUGCGUGACGCAGAGGAUGCUCUUCACAGCCUGGACAGGAAGUGGGUUGGUGGCCGGCAGAUUGAAAUCCAGUUUGCACAGGGCGACAGAAAGACUCCCAACCAGAUGAAGACGAAGGAUCGGCCUUCACCCGGCAGAUCCUCUCGAUACGACGACUACGAUCGAGACAGCCGGCGCAGACGCUCGCGCAGCCGCAGCUACGACCGGUACCGAUCCCGCAGCCCGUCGGGCGAUCGCCGGCGCAGACGCUCGGAGAGUCCGCGAGAAUCUCGGGGGCGUAUGAAUGGAAGAGGAAGGAGCAGGAGCCGUGAGGAAGACAGAUACAAGCAGCGGCCAGCGAGGAGAGAGUCCAGGGGAAGAUCUCGAUCGCGCUCCAGAUCGGCACCUCAGCGAGAAAACAUCAACCAAGCUUCGACUUCCCAUUACCCGGAGGAAGAGGUGCGGCGUGCACACUCCCCGGCCCACUCACGAUCCCGUUCUGUGUCCCGAUCACGCUCCCGCUCUCGCUCCAGGUCCUGGGCGGGACGCAAGUCAGGAGGACGCUAGAACGUAUCCGCUCCCUCCUUUAAAACCUUCCUUCAGCUCAGUACCAGAGCUGGUUGUUUGUUAAGAAAAGAUUCGUUUGACAUGAAUGUAACGUCCACUGAACCAUUUGUAGAAAGUUUGUUUUUGCAGCUUCCUUUUAUGAACAAUGCCCAAGGUCCUUUGCUUGUUUUUAUAAAAUUAUUUUGGUAAUAUUUCCUGACAGGAACAUUUUGCAGUUUGCAGGUUCUAUGUUCAGUGGUAGUCGGCCAGGAAUAUUCUGUUGUCUUUUUCUUUCUUUUUUUACAUACAGUUGCUGAUAAUUUAGUUUUCUAAACCCUACGCACCCAUUUUUGCAAAAACAGUCAGUAUUUUAAAAGAAAUCCAAGUUGUUAAUGAGUCAGAGCAGCUUCUUUUCAGACAUGACCGAAGUUAGUCCACGUGGGAAUACAGCAGGAAGGCGUCAUAGAGAAAGAGGUGAAUAGAAGGCGCGGAGAAAUAAGUCGAUGGCUUCCUGAUCUCCUGCUGUGUUCUUCAUGUGUGGAAACAUCCAGACCCACUUCUCCAGAGCUCAUGUCUGAAAACAGCUGGUUUUCUCAAAAGUAGAUUCAAAGUUUCUUGGGUGGUUCUUCUUCUCUUCUCCUUUUUUUUACGCAGCAACAGAGAUAAAUGUGUGUCUCUUUAAAAAUCAACGUUAAACUCAUCUUGAUAAUUCAUCACAGUGCACAUUAUUUAUAAUCUUCCACUUUUAAUGUCGGAUACAAACCGACUCGGAACGAGUUUAACUGCAGCAGUAAUGUGAUUGAGAAAGAUGAAAACUGACACUGAUGGAUUAAACUUCAAGUUGAUAUUUUUAUAUUUUAACAUUAAAUCCUCUGGCUGCCUGGACGAAUAAAAAAUUUAAAAAAAAACCCGAAUUGAAAUCUCUUGUUUGGACAUAAAUAAUACGAUCUUUUUAAAAAGUGUUUUGUCAACCAGACUCUGUUUGGACAUUAACCUGUUUUCAUUUUGUGGUGUUUUCUGUAACAGUAGAACCUUUUUCUGAAGGUGUUUCAUUUCCCAACACUUCCUCAAAAAUCAUCGGAUCUUUAUCCGACUGUGUUGUUGAUAGUUUUUCUGAGCGGCUCUUGUCACGGCAUGUUUUAUCCUCCCGGUCUUCUAUCAUCCGUAGAAAGAAACUGUUAUUUUGAGUAUUAAAUGAUAACGUUCUGUAAAAAGAAA